CUUGCUUUCACACACACAACAAAAAACGAAAAUAAAAUUGCCAGUCAUCCGCGCCAAACCAAAACACCGCACACACACUCACUCAUUCCACAACACACACACACACACACGCACACAACACACAAGCACGAUCGCUCAUCACAACAACCACGACAGCAGCCAACUCGACGACCACGAUGUCCCUCCACGCGGUGGUUGAAUCCUCGCGCGCUCUGCGCAAGCACUUUGAUGAGAACAAGAGCAUCUCCGCCUCCUUGUACAUCCGACACUAUAGGGACAUAUCUGGCAUGCUCAGCGGUCUUGGCAUGGUGUUUUCUUUCGUGACAAAGGACAUUGACUCCAAGAUCUGCAUCCUGGAGACGCACUUGGAGAAGCGAGACACCGAAACCCUCGACGAUAUUGUCCUGUUUGAGGUGAAAAACAAGUGCACCAACACGAAGAAGCCCAAGAGCGCCGCCCGCACCCUCCUCCGUCUCCACCGCGCACUCGAGUUUAUCCACCACUUUAUUGAGCGGUUGCAUGCGCUGGAGCCGAGUGACAGCGCCGUCCCAGCAGCACAGGAAGCAUACAGACACACUCUGAGCCAGUACCAUUCGUGGAUGAUCCGCCAGACAGUGCAGGUUGCACUGCGGACGCUCGACAACAAGGACGCACUGCUGCUUCGGGUGACCAAGACGGAGGACCGGCCGCACAAGCACGUGGAACCCAACGCCAUCAGGAUGCUGUGUGAGGACUUGAGGAGGAUCUGGGAGCAUGUGCAGACCAUGUUUGACGAGCACGACUUGCACGGCUUGCCAUGAUGACCAUACCUUCACACCUUCUCUGCUUAGUCUGCUUGCUAUCUUUUCUCCUAUCAACCUCUUCCUCUGUUACCCUUACGUCGUCGUCGUUGUUAUUGUUGUCACUUGUGUUGGCUUGCCCUGUUAUAUAUUGUGCAAUUGGCCGGCUGAUUGAUUGGUCUUUCCUAACUCCGUGCUCGUGCGUGUGACGCGUCACCCACAAAUCAUCACGCAUGCCGCAACCACGUGUCACAUGUCAUCACAACCACGCUGUGCCAUCAAUGUUCAUCGCCAUGGUCUUAACAAUGUGUCUCGUGUCCGUCUCGUGCCGGCAUUGCCACCUCUUAUCAAAGCAACACGUGUGACGUGUCACGAUCACAAUAAAACGAUCCCCAAAAUGCUGCA